GUGACUAUGUUGAGGAAAACAAUGCAAAAACACAUGGGUCAUGAGCUAGUUUUAGUGUAAAACAAGUCUUGCAUGAUUCAAUGCUGUGGCAAAAGAACAGAACCCCGAGGCAUAGGAGGCGGUGAAUGGUGAUGCUAAAAUAAAUUACUAUACUAAUCUUCUCUUGCUUCAAAACAAAGCAAGUAUAAUAGUAAUGGUGACACUAGUCCCAGCAAGUUCAAGAAAGAAAAUAAAGAGAGACCCAAUGUUGCAUAAACCAUGAGUUGAUAUAUAAGAUAAGCCUGUGGCUGAGUUUUUGAGGCAUUUUUUGCCAAUGUCAAUGCCGAGGCAAGCCUUGAACAACCACAACAACCGCCACCAAAUGUCGAGGCAAGUUUUCAUCCAUCACCAUCUCCAGUACUGUGUUUUCCUGUUUGCAGUUCUUGUCCCUCUUUCAUUUGCUGCAAAUGAUGAAGUUAGUGUCUUAUUUUCAUGGAUGCAUAGCUCUUCACCUUUUUCUGACUGGAACCCUUUGGACUCUAGUCCUUGCAAUUGGUCUCAUAUCAAAUGCUCUCCACAGAACCUUGUCACUGAGAUUAACAUUCAAACAGUUGAGUUAGCCCUUCCUUUUCCUUCCAGUAUCUCUUCCCUUCCCUUCCUUCAAAAGCUAGUGAUUUCUGGUGCUAAUCUCACUGGUGCUAUCUCACCUGACAUUGGAAACUGCCCUGAGCUCACACUCAUUGAUCUUAGCUCAAAUAGUCUUGAGGGAGAAAUUCCUUCAAGCAUUGGCAAGCUCAAGAAUCUCCAACACUUGAUCUUGAACUCUAACCAACUCACUGGAUCAAUCCCAAGGGAGCUUGGUGACUGUGUUAGUCUCAAGAGCCUUGACAUCUUUGACAACAAUCUCAGUGGGGACCUUCCUGCUGAGCUUGGAAAACUUUCAAAUCUUGAGGUUCUAAGAGCAGGAGGAAACAAAGGCAUUGUGGGGAAGAUUCCAGCUGAGCUUGGAGAAUGCAGGAAUUUGACAGUGUUGGGUUUUGCUGACACAAAAAUUUCUGGUUCAUUGCCUUCUUCUCUGGGUAAGCUAACCAUGCUUCAGACCAUUUCUAUUUACAAUACUAUGCUCUCUGGUGAGAUUCCACCUGAAAUAGGAAACUGUUCAGAGCUUGUGAAUUUGUUUUUGUAUGAGAAUGAUCUCUCUGGUUCCCUUCCAAGAGAGCUAGGUAAGCUUCAGAAGUUGGAAAGGAUGCUGCUGUGGCAAAAUAAUGUCGUUGGGAGCAUACCUGAAGAGAUUGGAAACUGCAGAAGCUUGAAGAUUCUUGACCUCUCCAUAAAUUUUAUCUCAGGUGGAAUACCUCAAAGUUUGGGGAAACUUUCAAAUCUUGAAGAGCUUAUGCUGAGUAACAACAACAUCUCUGGUUCAAUACCACCUGCUCUUUCCAAUCUCACAAACCUCAUGCAGUUGCAGUUAGAUACAAAUCAGCUAUCAGGUUCAAUUCCACCUGAGCUUGGGAAGUUGACAAAGCUAACAGUGUUUUUUGCUUGGCAGAACAAUCUUGAAGGUAGCAUUCCAUCAGCAUUGGGAGAUUGUGGAAGCCUUGAGGCUUUGGAUUUGUCAUACAAUACACUCACUGAUAGCUUACCCCCAGGCUUGUUUAAGCUUCAAAAUUUAACAAAGCUCCUACUAAUCUCUAAUGAAAUUUCUGGCCCCAUUCCCCCUGAGAUUGGUAACUGCAGCGCUCUCAUUCGUCUCCGGCUUGUAGACAACCGAAUCAACGGUGAGAUACCGAGAGAAAUUGGCUUCCUCAACAACCUCAAUUUCCUUGAUCUGUCUGAAAAUCAACUUACUGGGUCAGUACCUCCUGAGAUGGGAAACUGUAAAGAACUGCAAAUGCUGAAUCUGAGUAAUAAUUCCCUUUCUGGAACUUUGCCUAGUUAUUUGUCUUCUCUUCUAAGGCUAGAGGUUUUGGAUGUUUCUCUGAAUAACUUUUCUGGUGAGGUUCCAAUUAGUAUUGGCCAACUCACCUCACUUCUUAGAGUCAUGCUGAACAAAAACUCUUUCUCUGGACCAAUUCCCUCCUCACUUGGGAAAUGUUCAGGUCUUCAACUGCUUGACCUUAGCAGCAACAUGUUCUCAGGGAGAAUCCCACCAGAACUGUUUCAAAUUGAAGCACUUGAUAUUGCACUAAAUUUGAGCCAUAAUGCAUUAUCUGGAGCAAUCCCACCAGAGAUUUCAGCAUUGAACAAGCUGUCAGUUCUAGACCUUUCACACAACCAACUUGAAGGUGACUUGAUGGUGUUUUCAGGGCUUGAGAAUCUUGUUUCUCUGAACAUUUCAUACAACAGGUUCACUGGUUUUCUACCAGACAGCAAGCUAUUCCACCAACUAUCAGCAUCAGACGUGGCCGGAAAUCAAGGCUUGUGUUCCAAUGGCCAUGAUUCAUGUUUCGCUAGCAAUGCUGCAAUGACAAAAAUGCAAAAUGACACUGAUUCUAAGAGAUCAGAGAUAAUCAAAGUGGCCAUUGGAUUGCUCAGUGCCUUGGCUGUUGUAAUGGCAAUAUUUGGAGUUGUUACAGUCUUUCGAGCGAGGAAAAUGAUUCGAGACGACAAUGAUUCUGAGAUGGGAGGAGAUUCAUGGCCUUGGCAGUUCACCCCAUUCCAGAAGGUAAAUUUCUCUCUGGAGCAAGUUUUGAAAUGUCUGGUGGAAUCCAAUGUGAUUGGAAAGGGGUGUUCAGGGAUAGUUUAUCGCGCAGAAACGGAAAAUGGGGAUGUCAUUGCUGUGAAAAGACUAUGGCCAACAACAAUGGCAGCUAGAUAUGAUACUCAAAGUGACAAGUUAGCAGUGAAUGGAGGCGUUCGAGAUUCCUUUUCAGCUGAGGUAAAAACUCUCGGUUCAAUUCGCCACAAGAACAUUGUCAGGUUCUUAGGUUGCUGCUGGAACAGAAAUACAAGACUGCUUAUGUAUGACUACAUGCCAAAUGGGAGCCUUGGAAGUCUGCUUCAUGAACAAAGUGGCAAUUGCUUGGAAUGGGAUAUCAGAUUUCGAAUAAUCCUCGGAGCAGCUCAAGGUUUGGCUUAUUUACACCAUGACUGUGCUCCUCCCAUUGUUCACAGGGACAUUAAGGCCAACAACAUCCUCAUAGGCCCUGAAUUUGAACCAUACAUAGCUGAUUUUGGGCUUGCCAAACUUGUUGAUGAUGGAGACUUUGCACGUUCUUCUAGUACACUAGCUGGUUCCUAUGGUUACAUAGCUCCUGAGUAUGGCUACAUCAUGAAGAUAACAGAGAAAAGUGAUGUUUACAGCUAUGGUAUUGUUGUGUUAGAGGUACUAACAGGGAAGCAACCAAUUGAUCCAACAAUCACUGAUGGACUGCAUAUUGUUGAUUGGGUAAGACAGAGAAGAGGGGGAGUGGAAGUGCUAGAUGAAAGCUUACGAGCUCGACCGGAAUCAGAAAUCGAGGAGAUGUUGCAGACCAUAGGUGUGGCUCUGCUGUGUGUAAACUCAAGCCCAGAUGACAGGCCAACCAUGAAAGAUGUGGUAGCAAUGAUGAAAGAAAUUAGGCAAGAGAGAGAGGAAUUUAUGAAAGUUAGCAUGCUUAGUAUUGAUGGGCCUUCAGCAAAGGUCCAAAAAGAAAGUAAUCAUUCCAAUGAAGAACCAAUGGCAGUGAUGAAACAUGCAUGCCCAAGCUGCAGCAGCAGCAGCAGCAGCAGCACAAGCCAGAAUCUACAUUACUCUCAAACACCAAAGUAACUCUCAAAUAGUCAAUAACAGCAAUGUGGUUAAGCAACUAAGAUUUCCUUAGCAAGAAUUGUUCAGGUCCUAUGUUAUCAGUUCAGCUUCAUAACUAUGGUUUCAGUGUGUAUAACUGUAUAAGAACAAAUUCUUAAUAAUUGUGAGCAUUGAAGUAAAUCUUUGUUCAUUAUAUUACCAA